AGGGAGGGGUCCCUUGCCGAAGCCGCUGCCCGUGGAGUCGCGCGGCACGCCGGGGCCCUGCGGGUACCCAGAGCUGCAGGUUGAGGCGUGGGCGCAGCCCAAAGUUUGCACGCCCACCGGCCAGGGCGAGGUGUGGACCGCCUCCCCUCCCCCGCCCCUUUCCUGCUUUGGCAGGGGACCCUGGACUUCGAUCUCUUUCCCCACCAGGCCGGGGCAGCUGAUGGUUGUGGCCCGCCCCCUCUCCCCCACCUGCCUGCUGUCCGCCCCUCACCUCCACCACCCUGGCUCCCCUCCCUCAUGACCGCCUGGAUCCUCCUUCCUGUCAGCUUGUCAGCGUUCUCCAUCACUGGCAUAUGGACUGUGUAUGCCAUGGCAGUGAUGAACCGCCACGUGUGUCCCGUGGAGAACUGGUCCUACAACGAGUCCUGCUCUCCUGACCCUGCUGAGCAAGGGGGCCCCAAGACAUGCUGUACUUUGGACGAUGUCCCCCUCAUCAGCAAGUGCGGCACCUACCCCCCCGAGAGCUGCCUCUUCAGCCUCAUUGGGAACGUGGGUGCUUUCAUGGGUAAGUGGUACCUCAGCCCCACCUCACCAGUUCUGUCAGCCCCUACACUCUUCAGGAAGGUCCAGAAGGCCUUGCUCCUCAGCCAUCCUCCAAGGGGAGACCAGAGGGGUAGCAGCUCUCCUGUUCCUUGAGGACCAAAGGCCAGCUCCCACACUGCCACCCCAGCUACUUGCCAGUCCCAGCCUUGUCUGUCCCCUUUGGGCCCUCAGAAGGGCCUUGGAAGGGGCAGGACUGGCCGGAAGUGCCAGGCUGGCCCCAGCAGUGUCUCCUCCCCCAGUGGCCCUCAUCUGCCUCCUGCGGUAUGGGCAGCUCCUGGAGCAGAGCCGGCACUCUUGGGUUAACACCACAGCGCUCAUCACAGGCUGCACCAACGCCGUGGGCCUCGUGGUGGUUGGCAACUUUCAGGUGGACCAUGCCAAGCCUCUGCACUACGUGGGAGCUGGUGUGGCCUUCCCUGCAGGGCUGCUCUUUGUCUGCCUGCACUGUGCCCUGUCCUACCAUGGAGCAGCCACCCCCCUGGACCUGGUGGUGGCCUACCUGCGCAGUGUGCUGGCUGCCAUCGCCUUCGUCACCCUGGUCCUCACGGUGUUCCAGGUGGCGUCUUCUUUGUCCACGAGAGCUCCCAGUUACAGCACGGGGCAGCCCUGUGUGAGUGGGUGUUCGUCAUCGAUAUCCUCAUUUUCUAUGGCACCUUCAGCUAUGAGUUUGGGGCAGUGUCUUCAGACACUCUGGUGGCCGCUCUGCAGCCUGCCCCUGGCAGGGCCUGCAAGUCCUCGGGCAGCAGCAGCACCUCCACACACCUCAACUGUGCCCCCGAGAGCAUCGCCAUGAUCUGAGGUCUGGAGGGCGGCUGGCCAGCUCUGCAGCACCCCUCAUCUUCUUUGCAUUUACUUUGUACCAAAAACCAUUUUUAGAAAGUAUUCUGUUGGGAUCUGGGCAUCCUUGCCCUGGAGAAGUGGCCAUGCGUGUGCCGCAGAGCUGCUUUGUGCUCAGCCAGUCCUCCCCUCCAGCCAGCCCUCAGGUGCCUUCUCCCAGUGCCACAGCCAGACCACUGGGGCUUCCUGCUGCAGGAAUUGGGGGCUGGGGACAGCAGGGAGGACGAGGAAAAGAGCACGCCUUAGCCUACAGGAAGGCCCGCCCUGGGCCCCUGAGCUGCACUGGAUCUUCACUCUGCCCCUCACUUCCUUUAGGGCAAAUAACACAGCAGAACCACAUGGGUAUUUUAGUACUUUUUUAUAUCUAUUAAAAGAAUUCUAAUUUGCA